GCAUGUAACUUGUAAAACUAUUUGGCAUACCUGUCAGGUUCGUGUUGCGCGUUUGGAGCAGACGGAAAGUGCCAGCCAUGGUUUUUCCUCUCUGUGAAAACUAACCUAAAACGUUUUAUAUAUAUAUAUAUAUAAAUAGCCUAUAUAUUUUCCCCCCCCUAGCUAUCUGAAGAAAGGAGCCCACCUUCUAUGAACAGCCUGGACGCUUUGUUGUUUUUUUCACUCGACUGAAAUUGAUCAGGAAGAUUUAUUUUGCUCGGUUCUUAUGGUUGAUGAUGUUUUGGAGUGAAAGCGGCUUGGUGUCGGCGCUCCUCGCGCUUCUCCGCUCCGUGGUUCCGGCGCUGCUGCUGCUCGCGGUGUCGCGGUGGUUGUGGGCGCUCAGGUGGAGCGCGGCCCGGGACAAGGCGUCCGCGCUCCCGCUGCCGGAUGGCUCCAUGGGAUGGCCACUGAUCGGAGAGACCUUCCACUGGCUCUUUCAGGGUUCCAGCUUUCACAUCUCCAGACGAGAGAAACACGGCAACGUCUUUAAGACCCACCUCCUGGGGAAACCCGUGAUCCGCGUGACCGGCGCUGAAAACAUUCGUAAGAUCCUGCUCGGUGAACACACCCUGGUGAGCACACAGUGGCCACAGAGCACGCGCAUCAUCCUCGGACCAAACACGCUCGUCAACUCGGUCGGUGCGCUGCACAAGAAGAAAAGAAAAAUCCUGGCGAGAGUGUUCAGCCACGCAGCAUUGGAGACCUAUCUGACACGCCUUCAGGAUGUGGUGAAGGGUGAAAUCAGUAAGUGGUGUGCUGAGGCUGGCCCUGUGGAAGUUUACACUGCUGCAAGGUCACUCACGUUCCGCAUCGCCGUGCGCGUCCUGCUCGGCCUGAAGCUCGACGAGCAGCGCAUCGCUCACCUCUCCAAGACCUUUGAGCAGCUCAUGAACAACCUGUUCUCUCUGCCUGUGGAUGCACCUCUCAGCGGCCUGCGCAAAGGGAAAAAAGCAAGAGACAUUCUGCAUGCAGAGAUGGAGAUCAUCAUCAAGGAGAAACUGAAGAAGCAGAACACGGAUGAGUACUGUGAUGCUUUCGACUACAUGCUGAGCGCUGCAAAGGAAAACGAUUACGACCUGACCCUGCAGGAACUCAAGGAAACAGCAGUGGAAUUGAUUUUCGCCGCACACUCCACCACAGCGAGCGCGUCCACAUCGCUCAUACUUCAGCUGAUGCGCCAUUCUGAAGUCACAGAGCGUGCAAGGGCUGAACUGGAGGCUGAAGUCUUAAUCGUAGAUGCUCCCAGCUCUUGUUGCUUAUACUGUAAUGAAAACACCAACGCGUGCUCAAACAACGCGGUUGAAAAGUGCACAAACGACGUGGCACGACCCCGUCUUAAAUCCAAACCUCUGCUCGAUAAAACACCCUGCCCUGACAGACAAGAAAGUAAUCGAUCGUGGAUCAACGUCCCGUAUUUGAGUCUGGAAAAACUCAAUCAGCUGUGCUACUUGGAUUGUGUGGUGAAGGAGCUGCUUAGAUUUCUACCACCGGUGUCUGGGGGAUACAGGACAGUGCUGCAGACGUUCGAGCUGAACGGUUACCAGAUCCCAAAAGGCUGGAGUGUCAUGUACAGCAUCCGUGACACGCAUGAGACUUCAGCUGCCUACACAAGCCCAGAGAUGUUUGACCCGGAGCGCUUCGCUACUGAUCGGGACGAGAGCAAAAACAGUCGCUUCAGCUACGUGCCAUUCGGUGGUGGCGUUCGCAGGUGCAUCGGCCGUGAGCUUGCCUUGCUCGUGCUCAAAACACUCAGCGUGGAGCUGUUGGCCACGGCCGAGUGGACGCUAGCCACAGAGACUUAUCCCAGCAUGCAAACAGUGCCGAUCGUUCACCCAGUCAACGGACUCCACGUCCAUUUCAACUACAGGAAUUAUGUGGGUGGGAGAAACCGCAGGGAGUCCACUUCAUGAUUUGUGAACUGCACUGGAGUGGUUUUCACCAGUCCAUUAACAAAAUCAGCCCACAGGGGAUGGCUGAAGUACAUUAAAAAAAAAAAAAAAUUGAUCUUAAUAGAGUAAAUAAAAAGUCUAGGCCGUAACAUGGACGAUGUCUGCUGCUAGCAAAUCAAUAUAUGA